GGUGGUUGCAGGGUGGGAACCCUUCCCAGUGUAGUGUAGGUUCGACCACGGGAGAGGUAGUUUGUCACCCCCGUGGUUCUUGCCCCGGGGAGAUGUGCGGACGCUAGAAGUGGGCGUUUUGUUUUUCAUCUUUGUCUUAGACAGUUUUAAAACCUCAUUUCCCCUGAACCUACCCAAGCUUCGUUUCUUCAUUGAGACCUGCUAGUCUCUGGACUUCUCUGUCUUCUACAAAACUUACCAGCCUUCUGAUCACUUUUACUUCUUUACUCAUCUCAUGCUCGACCAUGUAAAUUAAAACAUAGUUUUUCCUAAGGUUUUGCCCUCUCAAUCUUGAAUCAAUUCCAUAAAGCUAAACUAGGGAGGUUACAGUGAUUGAGUUGCCACCUAAAGCAGUCAUUUUACUUGUUCAUAGCCAAUAAUCUCUCCCUUGACCUUCAGAGUGCAGUUCAAAUUUACAUUCUGUAGUCCGUUACCCCUCCCGUCCCUUCUCCAUCACCACCAACAGAACAGAAAGGCCAGCUUCCAGGAGAACUCGGCUUUUCCCCUCAUAAACUGGAUCAUACUUUGAUCUUGAGAACAGGGCCAUGUUAUAUACAACACCUGGCCAAUGUGAAGUAUUCACAAAGUGAGUGAAUGUUGAAGGAAAUUGAUGCUUGAGAAAAUAUGUGACUUAGCUCCUACUCCAAGAUGGCAGGAUGAUCUGCAAAACCACACAUUCCUGCACACGAUGUACUGUCAGAACGCGAGUCCCAGUGUGGCACUCUCUGAGAGCUACGACGAGGACCAGCUUUUCUCCUUCGACUUUUCCCAGAACAUUCGAGUGCCUCGCCUGCCUGAAUUUGCUGACUGGGCUCAGAAGUCUGAAGAUAUUUCCACCAUUUUCUUUGACAAAGGAUUCUGCCAAGCCAUGAUCCAUGAAAUCGGCCCACGACUUGAAGGGCAAAUCCCAGUGUCUAGAGGGAUUCCUGUUGCUGAGGUGUUCACUCUGAAGCCACUGGAGUUUGGCAAGCCCAACACACUGGUCUGUUUUGUCAGUAAUCUCUUCCCGCCCGCAUUGACAGUGAACUGGCAGCAUCAUUCAGCCCCUGUGGAAGGAGUCGGGCCCACUUAUGUCUCAGCCAUUGAUGGACUCAGCUUUCAGGCCUUUUCUUACUUAAACUUCACACCGGUACCCUCUGACAUUUUCUCCUGCAUCGUGACUCAUGAAAUUGACAGCCACACAGCAAUUGCCUAUUGGGUGCCCCAGAACGCAUUGCCCUCAGAUCUUCUGGAGAAUGUGCUGUGCGGCGUGGCCUUUGGCCUGGGUGUGCUGGGCAUCAUAGUUGGCUUGGUCCUCAUUAUCUACUUCCGAAAGCCUUGCUCAGGUGACUGAGUCUUCCUGGCCAGAGUCUGAUGCCAGCAACUUUGGCCAUCCUAGCAGAGGGUGCUCAGGUUUCUCAUCUCCUGCUCAAGAUUGCUUCUUUUCAGAGCAGAAGGCCUUGGGACUCCGUGUGUGUGUGUGUGUGUGUGUGUGUGUGUGUGUGUGUGCGUGCGCGCGCGCACACAUGCAUUUAUGUGUAUACGUGUUUCUCAACUGAGGCUCUGCUGUCCCAUGGCUUAUAUCCAGGGGAACCCAGAGUGGGCUUCCUAUCAUGACCACAUCCCUUCUCACGUCAAGGUAAUAAAUCUCAUUACUUCAUA